AUGAUGGCUACGCGGCAUGCGGUGCUGAUUUGCUUGACGAUUGCCUUCGUCGUUGCUGAUGAAGAGAAUCACCACUUCGCUGAUCAUGCUGAGAUUCAUAAUGAGCAACAUAUCAAGCAACAUUUGAAGCACGUCGCCGAAUCCCAUAACUUGACAGAAGAGCAACAGAGAUUCCACUAUUUCUCCAUGAACGACCUCAACAAAGACAAUCUGAUUGAUGGCAAUGAGAUUAUCAAAGCUGUCACUCAUAGCCAUACAUCUCUUGGAAAACCAGUGGAGGAUGAAGACGCAAUGAUUGAAAUGAUAGACUCUUUGAUGGAAAACAUCGAUCUGAACGGAGAUGGUUUCAUUGAUUUUCCCGAAUUUAUGCACCGAGAAGAGAAUUCCACGCAUAAACUGAACUAA